AUGUCUUCUACACUGGCAACUCAAGCCUCCGAGCGAAAAAUUAGUCGAAAAUUAUCUGUCAAUGUCAACCAACAUACUGUCAAUGUUCGUCCGAUCAUUAAAGGUGCAUUUAAAGAAGCUGCCAACUCAUUAACCGAAGCAUACUAUGGAAACCAAAUUAUGGGAUGGUGCGUUCGUGGACUGGGCCAACGCAAAUACGAAGAAUUUCUAUACACACUAUUCAAACAUAUGAUCGACGUGUCCUCUCUACAGAGCCGCGAUUUUGCGCUCCAGGUUGAAGGCUGCAAAGGAGUUUUGCUCUGGACAAACAACCCCAAUGGUAACUCAUGGCCACGUGUGCUCAACACACUCAAACUAGCCCGUCUGAUCGGUCUAUCGGCAGCCAUACGUGCAGUGACUCAAGUGAGUCCAAGCUGUGAAAAGAUGAAACGUAAGGUCAUGACAAACCAUAAGCAAUUCAUUACGAUCGGAUACGUUGGUAUCCUUCCUCACGAACAGCGUAAAGGAUAUGGCUCCGCCCUGGUUCAGCAUGUACUGGAUAAGGCAGAUGAGGCCAAACACCCUGUCUAUGUCGAAGCUCCUGAUACAGCAAGCGUCAAAUUUUUUGAAAAUUUUGGAUUCAAGGUGCAAGCAACAGCCUUUAUAGCUGAUUACCCGGUUGCCUUAAUGGUCCGCAUGCCUAUCCAUCUUGGUUCACCCGAACCUCUUCGUGUUAGACCCGGAAGACGUAAUUCCGAAUAA